AUGUUCCGUUCUUUUCGAUUCUCUGACCAGUUUCAAGGAAUUGUAAGAGGAGGCUAUCGAUCAUCGACCUUCAGUAAUAAGAUUGAUCCAAAGAAGCCGAUGUGCCUUUAUGAACUUUCUGGUGGGUCCUGUAAUGACGAUUCAUGCAAAUCACAGCAUGAGCGGGAUUAUCAAAUGACAGAUGAGGACCUGAUCAUCGAUUUGGCUCGCUAUGCUGAAGGAAGCACGCCUCAUACCCGCCAGCUGUUUGCAGAUAUGCUGUCGGCCAAACUCGCUCAUUUGCGAGCAUCAGGAAUCCAUAAUACUGAUCUUUUGGUCGAUUCGAUUGUGAAAAACCAUCGUGAAUUUGUCAAAGAUCCUACUCGGGUCAUC